CAUUGGGUAGUGGCAUGAACCCAUUAUAAUGAUAUUACAAUGUAGAAUUUGAUGAUGUCAUAAUUCCCACAAGACUAUACAAGCAGCACUGCAGGUGGAUUUUGUUCAUUUCACACUUGCUGUCAGCACAGGAACAUUUUCCAAGUUUUCACUACGAGUUCAGUUUAAUCUUUGAUUAAACAUGAGGGAUACCUACACCCUAAAAAAUAUCCAGAAACCAAAGGAACGGCAUUAUCAGCCUUUUUUAUCCACCCAGAGGCUGAACAGCCUUCCAAAGAUACUGGAGGAGAACAGGAGCAAAGGAAUGUCUGCACCUACAUGCUCUUUUCUGCUUAAUGCAAAGAAAAGUCGCCUAAAUGAUGCAAGCCAGACUCCUGAAGCCUUUCCAAAGCUGUCUGUGAAUGGAGUCUCUGUCUUGCUCAGUGGCGAAAAGAGAUCAGUGAGGAACAAAAAGGCCCUACCAAUGUCCACAAAGUCCACACUGCCAAGGGUUUCAGGUUCUGUUCAUAACACAGCACCAGCACCAGAGAUUUCUGAAUUAGAAAUCAAAAACGAACAAGAGCAGCCGUCAGCUGUUAAUAUGAAGAGAGGAAAAUACAUAAAGGCCUCAGUGAAACUUCCUCAGGUUCUUCAAACAUCUCUAUCAUCUCGUGGGCCUCUCAUAGUGGAGAGCUUGUCCUUUACCCCCAGACCUUCGGUGAGUCAGCGUCCACAAGGCUGCACCAGACUAGGCUCUGAGAGGGAUGCAGACAUGACUAUUAGAGGCUUCAUACAGCGAUUCAAUAGAAGAGUCCUGACAUGUACUGCUCAAAUACUGUAGCCACUUUAAAGGAUACAUUUUAAAGACAUGGAUUUAUUACAGAUAUGGCACUAUGUUUCUGUAGCAGUUGUGACAUGGUGUGACACACUUGUGUGCAUCAAGAAAUUAAGUUUAAAAUACCUACAUAUACCUUGUGCAGAGUAAGACUUACACCUAAUGUCAGCUUUUUGUGCAAAACCCUUACAAAAGGUACACAGGAAUUCAUUGUUCAACUCUGCUGAUCCACCAUUGUUAUCUUAAAACAAAUUGUAACUUUUCAUGCUUCAUGCAACACCAUUUAGGACUAUAUUUGCUAUAACUGCUGUUCUUUUUUUCUCCAUUCAUGUCUUUGUAA